CAGACUCUCACCUCGGCGAGCUGGGCUUAACCUUUAACUCUCAUAUAUAUCUCCAUCAGACAACCCUAAAGAUGGCCGCUUCUAUUAUGGAGCCCCUCCAGCAAACUAUCAUCAACCCCCUUCAGCCUUACCUCCGUCCGAUCGUCUCAUCCCUACCGCAACCUGUCCACGAUACUGUCGUCUCGCUGAUCGGAUCAUCCUGCCACAACGCCCUUUUACUGGAUCUCAAUGUCAUAAAGGAUCCUGCCUGCACGUCACUGGCUAUCUCUAAAGUGUUAGGGAUUGCCAUCGUGGGCGCCAGCGCUAUCGUGAAAGUCCCCCAGAUUCUUAAGCUGAUCGGAUCUCGCUCCUCGGCCGGCGUGUCCUUCGUCUCGUACGCUCUCGAAACCGCUAGCUUGCUCAUCACCUUGUCCUACAGCGUGCGCAACCAGUUUCCUUUCAGCACCUUUGGCGAGACCGCAUUGAUUGCCGUACAAGAUGUGGUGGUGGGUGUCCUGGUGUUGACCUUUGCCGAUCGACCAACUGCUGCUGCGGCCUUCAUUGCGGUCGUUGCGGCGAGUGUGUAUGCUUUGCUGUUCGAUCAAACCCUGGUGGAUGCACACACCAUGUCGCUUUUGCAGGCUGGUGCUGGUGCUCUAGGUGUUGCGAGCAAGCUGCCUCAGAUCGUUACCAUUUGGCGUGAGGGAGGUACUGGACAGUUGAGCGCUUUCGCUGUGUUCAACUAUCUUGCCGGUUCCCUGUCUCGUAUCUUCACUACCCUCCAGGAGGUGGACGACAACCUGAUUCUGUACGGGUUCAUUGCUGGCUUCAGCCUGAAUUUGAUCCUGGCAGCUCAGAUGCUGUACUACUGGAAGACUCCAACAAAGGCCAAGAAGCAGAAGAAGGCAGCUCCGAAGACGGUGGAGAAGACCCCUAUUGCACAGAGGUCGAGCGCAUCUCCCAAGCCUGCAUCUCCCAGGCCGUCCGGAAAGACGCCCACUACACGACGCCGUGGAUAACUUCGUUAUUUUUUACUUGUUUUUUUUCCAUACGCAGUUUCAAUGAUACUACUUAAUCCGCUUUCGUUC